UUUGCGAACGACCCAUCACUCCCAGACAAAAGAUCCUCGCCAGACAUCUGAGCACCUUGGAGACAGCAGAGCACUCACACUCACACUCACACACACACCGAACACAAUCGAACCUUCACACGCUGCCUUUAUUGUCCAGGAUCAGCAAGCAGAAGAGGGUCCACUCGCACGCAGUGUUUCAAUGAUGUCAUACCUGUGGAUUCUGCUCGUGGGAAGCUUGCUGGCUGGAUGUGCAAAUACACAAGAUGAUGAAUCCCCAAUGGAGGAGGCUACAGCCUCUGCGACCUUAAUGCCUGAUAGUGAGGUGCAAGCAGAAAUAGAGGCCGAUGGAGCAUCUGAAGAUACAGCCGAGAAAGCACUAACAGAUGGGCUCGAAACCGAGCCGACUGAAGCUGCGGCCCGUGAAGAAGUGAACCCUGCUGAGGGAGAAGCAGAACCGGAGGCUCCUUCAGAGGCAGACCCAGAGCCUCCUUCAGAGGCAGACCCAGAGCCAGGACUUCAUGCUGAGGUGGAGCCAGAACGGGAGGCUACGGCAGAAGAAGCAGAACCAGAAACUCCCGCGGAAGAAGAAGCAGACUCCCCCGUAGUAAACGAAACGGAAGCUGCUGCAGAAGGAGAAGGAGAACCGGAAGUUCUUCCAGAAGGAGAAUCUGAAACAGAAGCUCCUGCUACAGAGUCGGAAGACGCUACAACAACACAAGGACCUGCAGCUGAUCCAGAAGUGAAAGAGCCGGAAGCUGAGCCGCACAUUCCCAAUGUUGACGAGCAGCCCUCUGCCAGCACUGAAGUACCACCUGCACACAAGGAGGGUGGAUCUGAAGUGGACGAUACAGCUGUGCAGCAUGGAAAGGAAGAGCCGGCUUCUGCGGGCGACGAGGGAGAAGCGGCGGUGAACACAGAAUUAAAGUUCACGACAGUGGCACCUCCUGCUCCAGAAGUUCACUCAGAUGGAGGAUUUGACUUGGAGGAUGCGCUGUCAGCAGGCGGCGCACAAGACACGCCAACGCAAUCAGGGCGGAGCCACAGUGCUGGAUCAGGGGCACAUGUUGCUGAAGCCACGGGAGAAGUUGCUGAAGAUGAGGAAACCAACUCAGGCACCGUGGCAGCAAUCCUGUGUGCAAUGGGCGUGGCCGUUGUGGGAGCAGCCACUGGAUAUUAUACCUAUCAGAAGAAGAAACUGUGCUUCAGGACAAUACAGGAGGAGGAUCCAGAGGCUGCACGCAAAGCUGACGCAGGGGAGGUUCAAUCAGAUCCCCAGGUCCUUAGCAACCUACUGAACUCUUCUUAGAGCGGCCACGGUCAUGUGACAGGACCUUGACCAAGCACAUUCAAGCAAAGUGACGAUCUCACUGUUCUAGGCUCCAUCUGCACUGUGGAACUACGUUACUGUGAGGCCCGAAUGUGGGGCUGUAUGUGUGUGUGUGUGUGUGUGUGCGUGUAUUCAUUAACACAGUAUGAGCAACAAAACGUGCAAAUUGUGUUACAAUUGGCCAGACUUUAUAGUUAAAUUAAUAGUAUACUGAAACUUUAUAAAAAGAAAUGAUAUAAUGGUAGAUCUUUGCCUCCCGCCCAUUUGUAGGAAUUUCUUGUGAACUUUUUUUGUUUUUUUAUAAAACUGAUGUCUUUUUUAUGCCGAUUCUACAAUUCUAUCUGUGCGACAGGGUUGAACUAUUUCAAAGCAGCCACUACAUUCUCUUUAACCAACUCCAAUGAUUCUACAAGAAACAUAAACAAAUAAUAUACUAUCACUUUGUGACGACACAAAGAUGACAUGUGUAUUAUUGGUUUAGGAAUUGGAGUUCAUUUUUUCUGAAACCAAAACAAAAACAUGCAAAGCACACUGCUACAAUGCACAGGUUAAGUGGCAUCUGUAAAGCCUUGAUUUUCAAACAACUGAGCCCAGUACCACAAGUAGCUAGUGAACAGACAACAGGGUGCUGCUGACACUACCUGCAUUCUGGCAAAGAGCACUAGAUUAGGAUUAGAAAGAUAUGAAAAAGCGAGUGCAGCGGCAAACUGAUAAAAUAACUUCGGUUACAAUUGAAGACAAAAUGAAUAGAUUUGUACUUCAUAUCGUGAAAAAGUAAACAAUAAGAGUCUGGGUUUUGGGGCUGAGAGGAGCUUUUCCAAGCUUUGAACCCUGCGGCUAAUCUAUGGAUUUUUCUUCGCUAACAGAUAAUUGUGGAAUGGAUUAAGCAAAGAAAUCAAACAAUGUACUAAAAGGAUCCACUAUAAGAAACUGUUCAAACUCAAAGUGUUUACACAUUCUGAUAAAAAUAUUGAAGUUUAAUCAAAAAGGAGAAAAUCUUAUUCAUCUCAUUAAGGAUGAAUAUAGUCAUCAGUUUUGUUUGAUCAGCCGUUUCACUGCCUUGUUAAAGGCAUUCUUUGGAAACAAUUAAGGUAUGUAAAUAAAUAUUUACAAAAUCUUUCUAAAUAAACAUCUCAAUUUACAAUGUACCAGUAUACAUCUGCGGUUUAUAGUCUGGUGCAACUAAUAUAUGAAAAAAAAAAGUUUUUCUUUGAAAAUUUAGUGGACGCACCUUAUAUUCUUGUGUGAUUUGUAGUCCGGAAAAUACGGCACAUUAUAAUAAAACCUUUUUAAAUAAGGUUACCGGUUACAAAAGUUACUCUUGCUUGCUGACAUACACACAGUGUUCGUCUUAAAACACCUCUUUAAAAAUGUAUUUUUAAAAUUGUAUUACAAAAAAAAAAUCACUGAAUUUUGAUCAAUUUAAUAGGAGAAAAUAGAGCAACACCAAUUCUAAUCUAAUCCCAGUUUUACAAUACUUAGGAUAACAAUUUACAAAGCAAUUGAGAAUACAUACAAAUACAAUACUUAUUAAAUACAAUACUAAAAAUGUACAAAAGCAACAGUAAAACAUAUCAAUAAUAGCUGUUAAAUGUUUGUAUCCAAAAAAUUUACUUAAAAUAUGUAACAACAAAAAACAUAGUUUUUUCUUUUUUUUUAAAUCGAUUCUUAAACAUUUUUUAUUGAUUUAGAAUCAAAUUAAAUAAAAAUUGCGAUUUGAAUGUUCUUUUUUUUUUUAACUACCCCUACUAUAGUAUAUAUGUCAUGUUUUGCCACAUUCAAGGGUCAAGAUGACACAACAAGUGGCCUUUUUGACCACCGAUAAAAUGGCUGACAGCAAUGUUAUUGGAGAUGGAAAAUAAUCAUACAAAAUAUUUUUGGGCUUUUGACCAGUACAUUUGGGAAACCCUGUGAAACGAAAAUAUUUUAACAUUUUAUGCCUUGAUUGGUGCCAAGGUGUAUCAAAAGGUACAAGUCUUGUAGGACUGUCAAACUGUUAAAACUUGUAGAUUGUGCCUUUCGACAGUAACCCAGUGUCCCAAUACUUUUUGUCCAUAUAGUUGCAUUAUAGGAAAUUUUAUAAACUGAUGGUUAAUUUACUGCAACUAAUUUUUUCAGUUGUUUCAAUACAUUUUGUAUUAUCUUUUGCAUGAGGUGAUGAAAGCCCUCCUGACAUAUUUGACAUAUUGUGACGUCCGUGAGUCUAGUUGUGAUGAGGUGGUUUGUCCGUUAGAGUGCCUUUUUCUGUCCCAGCCUGGCUUGUCCCACCUGUAGACACACUGAAUGUCUCUAAAAUUGCUAACAAACAGACACUAAUAGCCACAGCAAUAUUGGUGCACCUGCAUAUUUUAGUGUCGUGCAAAGCAGUCUGCACGACAAAAAAACAAACAUAUACACUGUGGUGGCCUCUGCGGUGUUUUACGCCAUUGUCUGCUGUGGUGGGGAAAGCAUAGCCAGAGACAGGAGUAGACCCAACAAAGCAACAUCAACAAUACGAUUUGCCUGAGUGGACAGGACAGUUAAAAAAAAAAAAUACAUCAAUCGAUUGUGCAAAUUAGAGUCACAAUUCAUAAAAAAAUCCCUCCAAAUGUCCUUACAGUAUGGUCCGUUUCCUGUUCUAUGGUUAUCGUCACACUUAUUCUCUUUGACCUAUACCUUUUUGUAGUGGCAUCGCAAAAAUCCCUAGAAAAAGCAAAAUAGUUAAUCUUUUACAGCCCAUCCAAUGUUUGUUCGACAGGAAAACGUGACCACUUUGGAGGUAGUGUUAUGUUUUUUUUUUAAGUGUUUGAUGCAUUAUUUCUGCACAACACAAGUGCACACAACAGAAUACCCACAACAACAACAUAAACAAUAUGCUCCAAGAUAGCUUUGUGAGUGCACCAAUAUUGUUCUCGAGGAUGGUUUGGAACUCUAACAGACGUCUUCAAAGUGUGCCUCUUUAUUUAGAGCAGGGGUGUCCAAAGUACGGCCCGGGGGACAUUUUUUAACGGCCCCACAGCACAUUUUAAAAAUACGAUUGAAAAAAAUAUAAAACAUUAAAAGUGGUAUUUAAAGAGCAAACAGGUGAAUGUAGCAAGAAAAUGUAGCAAUGUUUACUCUAAUCACACAAAGCUGCCAUGUAGGCUGUUUCUUUCUUUAAAACAUAAUAAUGAAUCAAAAUCAAUGUCAUUAUGAAUUAUUGACCUAUUCAAGGCUCCAAUUACAACACAUUAAAUAAUUAGAGAUAUUUUUGGGGAAAAUGUUGAAUAUUUUGUGUUUGCCAUGUAAAAAAAAAAGCUGUUUUUUUUAAAGAAGGGCCUAAAACGAACAAACAAAAAACAUAAACAACAAUAAAACUUAUAAUUGACAGAUAGAUCUGAAGUUGAUCUCGAGAUUAUUGUGUUAAAAGUAAACAGUAAAAAAAAAAAAAAAAGAUAAUUUAUUUUUUAACACUUUAAUGAGUAGGACCCUUUUGGAUCCCCUCCAAUUUUAGUGUGAUUAGUUUUUAAGUGUCAUUGCUCAAAAAAUAAUAAUGAAUUAAAAUCAAUGGUGUUAUGAGUUAUUGACCUUUUUAAGGAUCCAAUUAUUAUAUAGUCUCAAAUAUCCCACUUAAAAAUUUUACUGGGUGAAAAUAUUGCAUAUUUUGUGUUUUUUUCAUUAAAAAAAAGGGUUUUCUUUGACAAAAAGAGCAUACAAUUUAAAUAUUUAAAAAAUGUUAUAUUGACAGAUAGACCUAAUGUUGAUCUAGAUAUUUAAAAACUUGAAUAAUAACACAAAUAAUAAUACUGAAUAAUGACACAUUUUUUAUAUUUUUUGGACCAAAACCCUUUGGGGUCCCCGGGAUCAAGCCUGAGUGGAAGCCUGAAUGUAUAUUUUUUAUACAUAUAUCGUAUUGGUUUUUAAAAUAAAAAAUAUCAAAAUGGCCCCCGCUAGCUUUGAUUUUUCAAUGUGCGGCCCUCAGUGGAAAAUGUUUGGACACCCCUGAUUUAGAGCAAGCCAGCUGCUGUUUGUCUUUUCUACCAUAAUAUCACAUUAGUCAGUUCCUAUAUGUACGCUGUAUUAUAUACGUGACGCCUGUACAUGCUCUAUGUGUGAUUGUUCUUGUAGGAAACACUGCCUUCGAGGCUUUAUUAUAAGAGUCAAAAAAAUGUUUUCCCUAUACUGUAGCAGAAAAUACUGACAUCUAAAUGUGUGUUCUUUCCGUUGCCUUACACUUGCUGUGGUCCCUUUAAAACGGCUUAAUGGUAACUGAGGGCGUUCGUGUUGCGUGUUGUCAUUUAUUAAGCUGCAAAACAUGACAGGGGCUGCUACUCAGUCUUGCCGCAUUUAUGUGUAAUGUGGAGAACAUGUCGAUUAAAAUCACACUUACUAUAAAACAGUGUUCAGUAUAUAUGGCGGGCAUUUGACAACAAUUCCUUUAUUGACAUUUAAAUGUAUAAUUUUGAUACUCCUCUGCUUUCAUGGCAUUCUAAUUUGUAUCAAUUGCUUUAAGGCCCCAUGAAUCAAUCAGUUCUCCAUCAGUUAAUGGAUGAUCAUGCAUGGUAGUCCUGCCUUCUUCGUUAUCCAAACAGCAAAAACUAAGAUUGUGCAUGAAAACAAUUUUGCAAAAACAGUCUCACAAAGAGGGAAUCAUUUUCAACAUUUCUGACUUACACCCGAUCAUUUUUAUAUGAAUAUUCUGUGUUUUUACAUGUCAUCCGGCAUUGGUGGAGUUGUGUAAAUAAUGUUUUAAGGGUUGAAAUAAACAUGUCGGCUGUCUUGCGUUGUCUGUAUGAU